UGAAUUUCUCGUUCCGAUGAGCUUAGGCGCGGCGCAGGGGCCGCUGCUCCGACCGAUUUGGAAGAAACGAUGAACGGCAGAAGCGAAGGAGCCCUCGCCCUCUGUCAAUGUCGGUGGUCAAGGCGGCGGCAUCACCUCUCACGUCAAGCGGCAGAUGGCACUGGUCAAGGGGGAGGUCAGCAGAAUCAACAAGGAGAUCGCUGCGGCCCGUCCUCAGCGCUCUGCUCGACAAGGCCUUCCCUCGUCGGUGACUGCCCGUCUGCUCACCUGUGUUUAUCUGAAUGUAAGCUGGAGGGAAGGGGACAACAUCACGACGCAGCAGUCGCUCUUUUGCCCUCUUAUUCUGUGUGAGUGCGUGUGGGUGCAUGUGACAGGUUUGACGAGUAGCUGCCGCUGCUUGCUGCUGAAGUACUCUGGUAGGUCUGCUCGCCACGGUGUGCGCAAAGGCUAGUGCUUUCUAUGCAGGCGGUCAUGUGUCGGAUCUGCAUAGUGACUUGGAAGUUUGGGCGGCUGGAUGGUGCUUCCCCUCGGGCUGGGCACUAUCGCCGUCGGGCGGGCGCUACCGGCUACGUGCCCACAGCCAACGAUCUGGUCAUGUUCGACUGGCGCGUGUGGCGUGACGGAUUCGAGGGGACGGGCGCGUGCAGCAUCCCUGAGGGAGGAAGCCUGUCACUUGGUGAGGCCGUCACAUGCAUUUAUGCACGUGAGCGGCAUGCAUGUAUGUAUGUAUGUGCAUAUUUCAGGGAUCCCGAUGGCAGCGGUGCCACGUUGCGGCGUCCAGAGAGCAGCCACAUUGGCCAUGCUGGCACGCCUCGGGAUGACACCGACAUUGCCGACAGGUACGUGAUCACGUACGCAUGGACAGGACACGCAGACAGAUACAUAUGUGACACAUCUAACUGGCGUGCGCCUUUGCAGGGUUGUGGUUGUCGGUGUGCUGGAGGACCUAUCCCGUCCGGGCGAGUACUUCUACGAGCUGGACGCGUUAGUGCCCUUCAUCUGCCCCCCGACAUCUGCCGCACAAGCGUCAACUUCUCCACCACAGACAAGAAUGGUCGCAGAUUACUGGUUGCUAACAUACAAUUGAUAGAUUUGUAAGGAGAAUAUGAUCAGACAGGCAGGUAUCGGCUCAGACAGACAGACUGGCACAUGAGGAUGAUUUUGUGCACGCAUGACACAAAUCAAUUGCCAGGAACGUGUGUGCAGCAGCGCUGCUCACAUCAGCGAAUGCAUGGGUUCAGUAGAUAAAUGUAUCAGUAGGUGAUUUCUUUGUGGCGGUCAAAAUUUGUCACUUGUUCUGACUCUCAGUGAUCUUACAUUGCAGUGGUGCGUGUCGUGCAUGAGCGACGGAGUAGACUUAGCGGUGGUGUUCGUGUGAACGGAGUGCUCUGUAUGGUGGCCAGAAUGUUUGAAAGAGUGGUUGAGUGCACGCGUGAAUGAC